UCCUCGCCACUCCCGAACUCCAUAGAAGAGGGAGAGAUUGAAUAGGAGUAUGGAACAUGGAGUAGUCUAGCAUGGAUGGAAGGAUGGGAUAUUCCGCUUUGGUUUUACUGCUCUUCUUCGACCUGCUGCUCGUCUCUUCCACCGCCUCUAGCAAAUCAAGUGGAGUGUGCAUCUCGCAGGGUGGUCGUUUCCCUCCAUUCUCAUCUGAAGGAAAACCUCCUAGAAUAGUAAAAAAGGGUCCCAAAGAUUUAACCCUCUGCAGGGUGUUUCGCAAAAGAACAUGUUGCGAUGCAGCCCAGACGCAUCCUGCGUUGCUAUCGAUUAGACGGCUAGCUUCUGCUGGGGAAGCCACCGAAGAAUGUUUGCAUUUAUGGGAACUGUUGGAAUGCUCCAUCUGUCAUCCUCGCGUUGGAGUUCGGCCUGGACCACCUCUUAUAUGCGUCUCUCUUUGUGAUAUGGUUUUACAGGCUUGCUCAAGUGCAUACUUUUCUACUGAUGCAAAAACUCAGGUUCUAUCACCAUGUGGAUUAAGCGACUUUGUUUGUGGUAGAGCUACUGAAUGGGCCUCUAAUGGUACAGAGCUCUGCCAACUUGCAGGUUUCUCUGUGCACUUAUCUAAGGGGAGCUAUGACGGCACUGAAGAAACCUUUUGCUAUGGUGGGAAAGCAAGUCUAGACUCAAUUGCUGAUUCAUGGAGGACAGAAUCUGGGGUGCCCCAAAAAGAUGAAAAUGUUGGAGUGAUUGAAGAUUUUCGCCAAUGGGUGCAGGAAAUGCCAUUUAGCGAAAGGGUUUCAUGGGCGGUUGGGGGGAUGGUGCUUACUGCAGGCCUUCUGUUUAUAAGAGGAGGCAAGCCGCACCUAUUUGCUUGUGGCUAGGCGAGUACCUGUGAUCGUGUUGAAGACCCCAUGUGCAUGUGUGAGUAUCUAGAAGACCCCACACUGGGAAGAUGCACAUGGGCUGCUUUAUAGAGUGAUCUAGACCGUUGGAUUAGAGGGACAUGACGAUCGGGUCGUUGGAUCACAUGAUCGGGCCAUUGAUCGUAGAUUGUCCAGACUAAUUUUCUUAGAUUUCAUCAGCUUAUAGGAUUUAAUUUUGUUUAUGUUAUGUUUGGACAACAUUAUGAGUGUUUUUAGUUGAUUUUAGUUAGAAUAUAGCUAUUUUCGUCAAAAUUCAUAAAACAUGGUGUUUAUUGUAAUUUUUGAACUUUCUUGAAGCUAUAAAAGAGGGUGGGCAUGUGGCCCUCUCCCUCAUUGGAUUUAAGGACUGGUAUGUCUUUUGUUUUGGAUUCUUGUACAUACAAGUAAUUAAUUUUUAGGUUUAUUGU